AUGACACGAAACUGGAAUCUGCAGAACAGUUUGUGGGACCAUAAAGGAAUCUGGGAAGCUGCCUGCAAGCUUGAGCCCAGUCUACAGCAUGCGCGGAUAGUAGAGGAUCUGGACUGGUCUCAGGCCCUGCACGCAGCAAAGUUAGUACUGGAUAGAGAGACCAUACGAUCUGGACCAACCUCAUUUGAGGUCAUUCAUAACUACGGACAUGGAGGUUUUGGACUGACCAUCCAUCGUGGAUGUGCUGAGGAAGCCUGGGGCUCGUGUCUCUUUGGUCAGAUCCUGGAGCAGAAAGGCCUGCUAGCACACUCUAAAUCACGGCUCUAAUAGAUCUUUGCCUCUGGAUAAUGUUAUCUAUCAAGUUUUAUUCUCGCUAAUCUAAUAACCAUGGUCAUACAGAUUCCAAGAGGUAAUGAAUCUCCAGAACUGAAUACAUUUGUCUUCAUUUAUCCGCACUAAUAUAUAAUAAAGAUACAUAUACUCAC